UGAUUGCUCGUUCUAGUGCGCGAGGAUGUGUCAUCUCUGUGUGUAAUAACAAAAAAGUUCUAAUAAUCAGUGUUUUAAAAUAAGUGUAUUCGGUGUAAUUUCCGGUUACCCCAACUUAGGAUUAAGUCCAUCAUUGGCACAUCGUCGUUGCGCUAGUACAGUGUGYGGACUGUCGACAAUGUUCCGUGUGAUAAUUUUGACUUUGUUCGUCCUCGGAGUGUCUGCCGAGGACGACACUUCCGGUCCCGUGUUCGUCCGUGAGUCUCCGAAUCGCAUCGACUUCUCCAACACCACCGGAGCGGUGGUCGAGUGCAGCGCCCAUGGCAACCCCACGCCGGAUAUCAUCUGGGUCAGGUCGGAUGGAACCGCCGUCGGCGACGUCCCCGGAUUGAGACAAGUGCUCGCCAAUGGAAAUUUGGUAUUUCCGCCGUUCAGAGCAGAGGAUUACCGUCAGGAAGUACACGCGCAGGUCUAUGUCUGUCUGGCGAAGAAUAGCGUGGGGUCGGUGCAUUCGAGGGAUGUCAACGUGAGGGCAGUCGUGAAGCAAUUCUAUCAGAGUCGCGUCAUCGACGAGUUUGUCCUUAACGGCAACACUGGCAUUCUCAAGUGUUUGGUUCCGAGUUUCGUCACUGAUUUCGUCCAAGUGGAGGCUUGGGUGGCCGACGAUGGGACUGUGUUCGCUUACGAUCCGAAUUUGACCAAAAUGCAGGACAGUAAAUAUCUUGUUCUACCAUCUGGAGAAUUACACAUCAGAGAUGUUGGACCUGAAGAUGGUUAUAAAUCUUAUCAGUGUCGUACCAAACAUAGGCUUACUGGAGAAACAAGAUUAAGUGCAACCAAGGGUAGACUGGUCAUCACGGAACCAACCAAUAACGUAGCACCAAAAAAAGAUGGUGAAAAGUUCGAAGGCUGGAAAGUACUUCUAGUGGUACAAAAUAGCACGGCUUGGUUAACUUGCCAGGUUACCGGAUAUCCGGUCCCGCGAUACAUGUGGUACAAAUUCGUCGAAGGAACCACGCGGAAACAAGCUGUGACCCUCAACGACCGAGUCAAGCAAGUCGCUGGGACUCUCAUCAUCCGCGAAGCCAAAGUCGAAGACUCGGGGAAAUACCUCUGCGUUGUAAACAACUCAGUUGGAGGAGAAAGCGUUGAAACGGUUCUAACUGUGACAGCGCCCUUAAAAGCCAAGAUCGAACCGCAAGUCCAGACUAUCGAUUUCGGAAGACCCGCCACUUUCACUUGCAAUUUCGAAGGAAAUCCCAUCAAGACUAUAAGUUGGUUAAAAGACGGACAUCCGAUUGAUCACAAUGAAGCUGUUUUACGGAUUGAAUCAGUCCGGAAGGAGGACAAAGGCAUGUACCAGUGUUUUAUCCGCAAUGACCAGGAAAGUGCCGAGGCGACAGCCGAGUUGAAGUUAGGAGGAAGGUUCGAGCCACCGCAAAUCAGACACGCCUUCAAUGAAGAGACAGUCCAGCCUGGCAAUUCAGUUUUUUUGAAAUGCAUCGCUUCAGGAAACCCGACACCGGAAAUCACGUGGGAGUUGUACGGACGGAGGUUGUCCAACAGCGAGAGAAACCAAAUCGGGCAGUAUGUCACGGUGAAUGGUGAUGUUGUUUCGCAUUUAAACAUCACUGCAAUCCAUACGAAUGAUGGCGGGUUGUACCGAUGUGUCGCUAGUAGUAAAGUCGGGUCAGCGGAUCACUCAGCAAGGAUAAAUGUUUAUGGUUUACCCUUUGUGAGGUCCAUGGAGAAGCAAGCGAUUGUGGCUGGGGGUACUCUCAUCGUCCAUUGCCCCUUUGCGGGUCAUCCGGUGGAUAGUGUUGUAUGGGAGCGAGAUGGUAGACAAUUGCCGAUCAACAGGAAACAGAAAGUUUUCAUCAAUGGUACUCUCAUUAUCGAAAACGUCGAACGAGCGUCCGACCAAGCGACCUACGACUGCGUCGCCAAAAACUCUCAGGGAUACAGUGCCAGAGGCUCUCUCGAAGUCCAAGUCAUGGUGACCCCCCAAAUCCUACCUUUUAAUUUCGGCGAAGAAACUAUGAACACAGGGGAUUCGACUUCUUUGACUUGUACUAUAAGUAAAGGCGACCUCCCAGUUCAAAUAACAUGGUCUCACAACAAUAAGACUAUAACUAGCAACGAAAAUAUAGUAAUUUUAAAAAUGAGCAAAAAAAUCAGUACUCUUAGCUUUGACUCGGUCCAAGCUGAGCACAUCGGAGAGUAUCGAUGUACCGCCAAAAACACAGCAGGAUCUACAAGUGCUUCAGCUUUCUUGAACGUUAAUGUCGCUCCCCAGAUCCUCCAUUUUGACUUUGGUGACGAUCCCAUCAACACUGGUGAUUCAACUUCUUUGACAUGUUCCAUAAAUAAAGGAGAUCUACCGAUUGAUAUUUUGUGGUCUCAUAAUAAUAAUACUGUGAACACCGAUAGUACCAUCUCAGUGAUUCGAGUCAACAAGAAAAUCAGUACUUUGAGCAUAGAAUCGGUUCAAGCGGAGCACAUUGGGGAAUACACCUGUAUCGCCAAAAACCUGGCUGGAGUUACAAGCUACUCGACUUUUCUCCACGUCAAUGUGCCACCAAGGUGGAUAUUAGAACCAACAGACAAAGCAUUUGCUCAAGGCUCUGAUGCCGCUGUUGAAUGUAAAGCCGAUGGGUUCCCCAAGCCUGUAGUGACAUGGAAAAGGGCUACUGGGGUUUCACCCGGCGAUUACAAAGAUUUCAAACCAAACAAUCCCGAUAUUAAAGUCGAAGAUGGCACUUUAACAAUUAAUAAUAUACAAAAAACAAACGAGGGUUAUUAUCUAUGUGAGGCUGUCAAUGGGAUUGGGUCUGGGUUAUCUGCAGUUAUCCAAAUCAGCGUUCAAGCCCCGCCACAAUUCGAUAUUAAACUGAGAAACCAAACCUCCCGUCGUGGAGACCCUGCCGUCCUCCAAUGCGAGGCCAAAGGCGAAAAACCGAUUGGUAUUUUGUGGAAUAUCAAUAAUAAACGUUUGGAACCAAAAGGCGACAAUAGAUACACAAUCCGGGAGGAAAUUCUAGCCAAUGGUGUCCUUUCUGGUCUCAGUAUCAAACGUACCGAACGCUCAGAUUCUGCUCUCUUCACUUGUGUGGCCACUAAUGCCUUCGGGAGUGACGACACUAGUAUCAACAUGAUUGUACAAGAAGUACCAGAAGUACCAUAUGGGUUGAAAGUCUUAGACAAGUCGGGACGAAGUGUCCAAUUAUCGUGGGUUGCUCCAUUUGAUGGCAAUUCACCCAUCACUCGCUACAUGAUCGAAUACAAACAAAGCAAAGUCAGUUGGGAGGGCAACACCGAACGGGUGCUAGUCCCAGGUGACCAAACCGAAGCUGGGGUUUUCACUCUCCGACCUGCCACCACGUACCACAUCCGCAUAGUCGCAGAAAACGAGAUUGGGUCAAGUGAACCUUCUGAUACUGUCACUAUUAUCACAGCAGAAGAAGUACCAGGAGGACCACCAACCAGUAUCCGAGUUGAAACAAGCGACCAACAUUCAUUGGUCGUGUAUUGGAAACCUCCAGCACGAGAGGAGUGGAAUGGCGAYAUUUUGGGCUAUUAUGUUGGUUACCGGUUGGCCAAUUCAGACAAGCCAUAUCUUUUUGAAACUGUUGAAUUCGGACGUGAGGAGGGGAAGGAACACCAUUUGAAAAUCUCGAAUUUGAAGACUUACACCCAGUACUCUGUGGUGGUACAAGCGUUUAAUAAGGUCGGAGCUGGCCCCUUGUCUGAUGAUAUUAAGGCUUACACGGCUGAGGGAGUACCAGAACAACCUCCAGAUAAGGCCACUUGUACCACUUUGACGGCUCAAACGAUUCGGGUUUCGUGGGUCUCGCCGCCUCUUAACGCCGCCAAUGGGGUCAUUAAAGGCUACAAAGUCAUUUAUGGACCAUCAGACACUUGGUUUGAUGAAAAUACCAAAGACACUAAAAUCACCGCUGCGAGUGAGACUAUCCUCCACGGCCUUAAAAAAUACACAAACUACAGCAUGGAAGUCCUGGCUUACACUUCAGGGGGUGAUGGUGUUCGUACAACCCCUAUUCACUGUCAGACUGAACAAGACGUACCGGAAGCUCCAAUCGCAGUUAAAGCUCUAGUGAUGUCAACUGAUUCGAUUUUGGCCAGUUGGAAGCCCCCAGUUGAACCAAAUGGAAUCGUCGAAUACUACACCGUCUACUACAAACCAGUCUCAGCUGAUGACAAAACUGAGGUUAAACCAACGUCUCAAAAAAUCGUACCAAACUUGCGUAAUCAGAAUUUGAGUCACCAAGCCAAAAACCUAGACAGUAACUUGAAAUACGAGUUUUGGGUUACCGCGGCUACCACUAUUGGGGAAGGGCAACCGUCGAAGAAAGUUACAGUGUCACCAAGCGCGAGCGUUCCAGCCAAAAUCGCCUCGUUUGACGACACGUUUACCACRACCUACAARGAAGACGUGACUCUCCCUUGCCUUGCUGUUGGGUUACCUCCACCAGUCAUCACAUGGAAAAUAAAGGGAGUCCAGUUCACCACAAACGAUAAAAUAAGGCAACAACCAGACGGGUCUCUUUUCAUCCGUGAUGUCAGUCGGAAUAACGCAGGGGAGUACUCGUGUCACGUUGAAAAUGAYUAYGGACAAGACACGGUGACUCACCAGUUGAUUGUCAAUGCUCCUCCACAUGCUCCACAAAUUGCUCUCACUUCAACUACUACGAAUUCGCUCACUUUUAAGUUGAAACCACACGAGUCGGAUGUUGAGCCGAUUCAUGGAUAUACUAUUCACUACAAGCCCGAGUUCGGGGACUGGGAGACGGUGCAGAUUGGUCCUACUGUUGAGAAGUACACUUUAGAGAAGUUGCUGUGUGGCACGCGCUACCAGGUGUAUGCCAAGGCUUAUAACAGCAUCGGGACUGGGGACCCGUCUGAUACUCUGAACCCGCGAACCCGUGGCGAAAAACCCAUAAUACCCAGCGCGGAGAAGUUCAUUGAAGUUUCUUCAAACAGUAUUACUCUUCAUCUGAGUGCAUGGUCUGAUGGUGGUUGUCCCAUGCUUUACUUUGUCAUCGAGCACAAAAAGAAGACUAGUACGGAAUGGAUUCAAGUUUCCAACAACGUGAAAUUGGGUCAGAAUUUCGUCCUUUUGGACUUGGACCCGGCUUGUUGGUACCACCUUCGCGUCACCGCUCACAACAACGCCGGUUUUAACGUCGCCGAAUACGAAUUCGCAACUCUUACCGUCACUGGAGGUACAAUCGCGCCAAUUAGAGAAUCGCCCGGUGUUAAGAUGCUCUUUCCUUGGAUACCCGACUGGGUCGACUUGAAUAUUGCCGUGCCAGUUGCCGCUACGGUUGUUGUUGUCGUUGUCGGCAUUGUCGUGAUUUGCGUCGCUCUUUCUCGCAGGGCGAACGGUCCCUUACAGACCCGUCUCAGAAGCGAUUACGACGUCGUUUACAACCAAUCCGUAAACGCCUCCUCGACUUUAGACAAACGCCGGCCCGACUUACGCGACGAGCUUGGUUACAUCGCACCCCCCAAUCGGAAACUACCCCCCGUUCCAGGCUCAAACUAUAAUACUUGUGAUCGCAUCAAGCGAGGUACCGUUUUAAGAGCUCAUUAUCGUUCUCAUUCUACCUGGGAUCCGAGACGACACUUGUACGAAGAGCUUAGGAGUAGAAGGGGCUCAAACGAGACUGUACAUACUCACAGAGGCAUGGACGACGAGAUCUGUCCCUACGCUACCUUCCACCUUUUGGGCUUCCGUGAAGAAAUGGAUCCGAGCAAAGCGAUGCAAUUCCAGACUUUCCCUCACCCUCACUCAGGAACAAUGGGACCAUCGGGAAUGAACACACCCCAUCAGAUCCACUCGCGGUCAGGGUCACAAUCGAUGCCUCGACAAAACAGGCGAUAUGACCGAGUCGGGUCUCAAGGUAAUGGCAGUAUUUACUCUCCUGGCCCUGAGUAUGACGACCCUGCGAAUUGCGCGCCUGAAGAUGAGCAAUAUGGCUCUCAAUAUGGCGGCUAUGGCGCUCCGUAUGACCAAUAUGGGAGCCGUGGGUCGAUCGGUCGACGCUCUUUGGGGUCGUUGAGACUUCAACCCACGAGCAGCAGCCCCGAGCCGCCUCCACCGCCCCCACGUAACCACGACCCAUCUUUCAACGACUCAAAAGACAGUAAUGAGAUUUCGGAAGCUGAGUGUGAUCGAGAUCAACUAAUCAACAGUCGCACUUAUGGCGAAAAUGAACAGGUAAUGAGAGGUAGUUCAAAGGAUGGCAUGUCUCACGAGGAAAUGCGCAAACUGAUUGAAAGGAAACUAAACGAAACAGGCCAAGCAAACGGGGGACUCACAGCCUACGAUACUGUGGCAGUGUAACUUGUAAGAAGCCAAGAGACGUUUCGAUUUAACGACCACAUCUCUCUCCGCUGAYUAGAGAUUUGGUCUUUAAAUCCCCCCAACAUCCCGGUAUUUGGACGAAAUAUUCACAUCAACUUGGAGACUGAAACGUUUUUUUCGAUUUCCAUCACUAAGCACAAAAUUGGCUUUUUUCGACAAAUCCCGUGAAUAUUUAGUGUGGAUACCUGACGUUUUUACCAAAAAUUAUUUAUUUUCGUUGGUUUAUUCGGGGCUAUGGCCCAAACGAAUACGUACACAUUUUGCCAAUGGUUUUUCUUAAUUUUUCGUACGGUGGCUCAAUGUGUCAUGUGAUAUUUUGAGGUUUGUGAAUACGUUUUAUUUAAUAUUUGGAAGGUUUGAGUCUGCAGCGGUGCCAAAAAUUUCAUUAGGUUAAUUUCCUGCUGUAGACAGUUUUAAGUAGAUAGCUUUGUUUAUUAUUUUGCGUUUUUGAGUUGUUUGUUUUGAGUUGAAUAGGUUUAGGGCGGUUGGCGAUAGGUUUCGUUAUUUUUACUGUGCUGUACAAGUGUUGAAGGUUGUGCAUCGCCAGCUUGUAAUUACAUAAUUGCUAUAAAUGUAAGAAAUUAGCUUUUCUCCAUUCGAGUGUUUUGUCGACAGUCUGGACCGUUUAGGCCGGAAUUUUUCGUUUUCAAUCUCCCAAUGACCAUCGAAUUUUUAUUUGAAUAGAUUGUCAAUGAAUCACUUCUUUUAUAAUAGCGAAUUAGGGACAAAUUAUGUAAUGUUUUAGUCUCUAGUUUUAUGAAGAUAUAUCAGUGUUUCUAUCUUUAAUGCAUGCAUGUCAAACAUAUUAUAAAUGUAGGUGUAUAAAAUUACAGUUUUCGAAUUAUUUAGGUAACUCAAAAUAUUAUACAAAGCGAUACAUAAUUUUAUCCACAUAAUACUCAGCUUAAUUCAAGUAGUGGUAAAAAUAUCAGUAGUGUAGAUGUUUAUCCAAUUAUGGCAUUUUAGACAAUGGUUCAUUUCCGGAAACAGUUUCUGAGAUAUUUUACCAAAAAUGCAAUAUUAUUUCGACUUAAUUUUUUUUCAAACUGUUCAAGUUCCUAACGUAGUAAUCAGUCUUGGUAAAAUAUACACAGACUUACACAGGAAUGUAAAUUAUUUGUCAUUUAAUAUUUUUAAUACUAGUCAUUUUUUCUCUCUUUCUCCAGUCUUGUGUAAAAUCUCAUAAAUGACAAGUAAUCGUUUUUUUUUUAUGUGAUAAUGGUUUGAAAUGCCAUUAUAAGUGUAUAUCUUAAGUGUGCUAUAUAUCCAGUUAAUAGUUGUAGUGUAAUACUCUUAACAUUUAACGAUAAUCAUUUGUAUUCUGCAAUAUUUUCGAUGAUAUUUUACUAACCGUGUGUUUUGUAUAAAUUGGUUUUCAUGCAUUUAUAUAGGUUUGUGAAUUUUGCGUAAUUUUACGAUCAUUUGACGUUUUGCCAUUAUAUUAUGAUGUUCUAAUUUAAGUGCUUGUAUACCAAAGUACGUUUUUGGUUAAAUAUACAAAAUAACAAAACCAA